AUGUCAAACUCUAGAAACACCAACGAUUAUGAACAUCACCGGCGCCGCAGCUCCGUCACGCCGCUACCUCUCAACAGUCUUCUAAACAGAGCAAAGUGUACGCCUGGAGCUCCGUCUUCCCCAUUUCCUAUCCCAACGACGACAACAGCCACAAACGACCAACAUAGACGCAUGUCUCUCUCGACAUUGGGCUUAUCUGGGACACCGCCAUCCCAUUCGCCAUCUCAAUACUUCCUGGGUGGUCGACGAGUCAGCGUCUGUUCUUCCAACUCUGAGGCUAUCGACGAGAACGCAAUUGACGAUGAUGAUGCCAGCCGCCCAACUCUUUCUGCUACUUUCCCUCGUCGCAUGUCACUUGGGGCGCAAGCCAUUCGCAGCGCCAGAGGAGGUGGUAAUUCAGGUCUCAGUGGCGGACUCAAUGUUUCGGAGCAAUUUAAAUACCGGGCCGAAAGCGCCGUUUCGCAAGCCUAUCAAUCUCCGCUCUCAUCUUCGCCGAAUUUUGGGCAGAACACUCGAAAACCACACCACAGGGCUAAUAGCGUUUCUGAAAUGAUGCCAGCGCCCGUAAAUACUGCAUCUGCACCGGUUCCCGUGGGACCAGUUCGCCGAAGCCCGGAUGCAUUUCAAGAGCGUAUACUUAAGGGUGAUUUUUACAUGGAUUAA